UUCAUUGUUUUAACGACUUUUUCAAAUUUCUUCAUUAGUGUUAGUUAUUUUAAUGAAUUUUUCGAGUUGAUUUCGCGUUAAAUUCGUGUUAAUAUGAAUAUUAAAAACUGGGGUGUGAAUCAAGACGAUAUAUCGUUCGAUUUAGAUAAAGAUUUUCUCUACAGUAAAAAUCCUGCUCGACGUAAAGCUCAACAAGCACAAAAUCAAAGCUAUGAGAACAAGAUGCCUUCAUUACGUGUUCAAGCAACUCAAUACGUUACUCGUGAUGGUUUACCGACCAAGCUAGCUCUGAAUUCAUCGAUAUCUUCGCCUUUCGUGCAGAGAUCAAAUAUACGAUUUCCAGCGUCGUUUAAUUCGAGGUUCAAUAAUAGGACGGAAACACCUCGCGAUAUAUUCAACAAAUACGCUGUUCCGAUUGACGGAGGAGAAACUAGUCGAUCUACUUUAGAUUUUAGUAACAUAUUCAAGGUGGAUUUCGGUCCGAUUUGUAAACCUUUGCUACCGCAGAUCACCGAGAAUAAGGAAGGCGAUCGAGAACGAUCUCCUGUUGCAGCGACGAAUACGAAGAGUAAACCUUCGAAGUUAUUUUUUAGUACGACGGUUGAAACAAAAACGAUACCGCCGUCAUCGUCGAGUAUACGUAGUAAUAAAUCAAAUGCAGCUUCGGCUAAAAGUGUUGAUAAUGAUGAACCGGUUAUUGGAAAAGCGAGCAAAUCAGCAACGUCAGCGGCUCCUAGUUCGACAAAUCAUACCAUAAUAGCGAUAAUAGAAGGUCGAGGUCAAUCCAGAGGUGAAGUAGGUAUCGCAGCGGUGGAUGUUAAACGACCAUUCUUAAUUCUAUGCCAAAUCAAUGAUACUCAAACGUACAUGAAUACAUUGAGAAAAAUAAACAUAUUGAAUCCUGUUCAAAUUUUAGUUCCGAAUUCGUUCUGCGAUAAAACGAACAAAUUGUAUCAAUUAUUGCUGGAGAAUUUCCCUAGGAUAUCGUUCGUUAGCAUUCAACGUAAAUUUUUCAACGAUUCUCAAGGGUUGCAGCAAGUACAAGGGUUAUGUUUACCGGAAUAUUCAUCGGUCGAAUUAAUCGUAUUGAGAAAAACUCACGCUUUAAUGGCGACGGCGGCGUUGAUAAGAUAUUCCGAAUUCGAGCAAAGCAUGAUGUUCGCUCCGAAAUCUGUUCGAAUUGAGUAUCAGAGCGGAGAUAAUAUUGUAUUUAUAGAUUUAGAAACAUCUCAAAAGCUAGAACUCGUUAUAAGCCAAAGUAUUGGAAACACCACGACUGAAAAUACGCUAUACUCGGUUUUGAAUAACUGCUGUACCAUCGGAGGGCAAAGACGACUCAGGUCUUUGAUUUUACAACCUUCUACCGAACAAUCUGUCAUAGAAGAACGUUUAGAUUGCGUUACUGAAAUGAUUGAAACGCCUGAAUUGUUUUAUUCGCUUAAAGCUCUAUUGCCCAAAUUCUUGGAUAUCGAACAAUUGCUUUGCCUAUGUACUCAAAUUCCAAAUGUCAAAGAUACAUUGCGAGGUGCCGAAAUCCAGAUAAACAACGCUUUGUUGCUGAAAACUUCACUCGAGGUGCUUCCCGCUUUGCAAGAUGCUUUGAAAAAUGCGAAGAAUAAAUUUUUUCAAGAUUUUGUUGAUGUUUUGGGUAAUCCGCAGUAUAAGCAAAUGACUGAUAAAAUAUGCGAAGUUUUGAACGAUGAUUCGCGCGUGAGCAAAAGUUUUGUAAUGUCUCAGUUCCAAAGAUGUUUCGCUAUUAAAACUGGAAUCAAUGGAUUCCUUGAUAUUGCUAGAUUAACGUAUUCCGAAUUACUUAGCGAUUUCAAUGAAGUCGUUGAAAACUUGAUUAAAGAGUAUCGAUUACCAUUGGUUAUAAGAACGUUACGAAGCAAAGGAUCCGUUUUACAGAUGAGAUUGACCAAUGAGAAUAAGAAUUUCAAUCUGAAAGAUUUGCCACCGAUUUUUAUUCAAGUUCAAAAGACAAGAUCUCUAAUUACGAUGACGACCAAAGAAUUAUUAUUUUUGAAAGAACGGAUGAAUCAUUUCAUACACGAAAUUGAGCUACUCAGCAGUUCAAUAAUUUUCAACAUGCUCGAAGACAUUCGACCAUUUAUCGGUAGUUUAUACAAACUGUGCGAAUGUAUCGCCGAAUUGGAUGUUAUCAUGUCGUUUGCCCAGAUAAGCAAAAAUCUAAUGUACGUGAAACCGAAAUUUUCCAAAGACUGUACCGAUUUAAAAGCCUCUUUACAUCCUAUUCUGAACCAUAUCGCGUAUUCGAAGCCGGUAGCUAAUGAUAUUUUUCUUUCUACUAAUCAAAAUUUUUGCGUUAUUACCGGUCCUAAUAUGGGCGGUAAAAGUGUAUAUAUUCGACAAAUUGUACUUUUACAAAUAAUGGCUCAGAUUGGCUGCUACGUACCUGCUGAUUCAGCACAAUUUCGAAUCACUGAUAGAAUUUUUGCCCGAAUUGGAUUCAACGAUAAAAUCGAAUGUAACGCUUCGUCUUUUAUUUUAGAGAUGAAAGAAAUGCAGUACAUUAUGAAUUCGAUGACUCCCACCAGUCUUAUCAUAAUCGACGAAUUAUGCCGAGGAACGUCGACCGAAGAAGGUAGCUGUAUCGCUUGGGCAAUUUGCGAAAAAUUAUUAGCGACCAAGGUGUUCGUUUUUUUCACCACUCAUUUUUUGUAUCUAACCAAAUUGCAAGAUUUAUAUUGUAAUGUUGUCAACUACCAUUUCGAAGCAAUUGAGGUAAAUUCCGAUAACGAAAAAUUAUCCAGAUUGAUCUACACUCAUCGUUUAGUACCAGGAGUGCUGAAACUAGACCAUUAUGGCCUGAAAUUAGCUCGAAGCACCGCAUUACCUGAGAAAGUUCUCGAUUUGAGUGAAAAUACAGCCAAGAAAUUAGCCUCGCAAUGGAAGGUGACCCCAGUAGCCGAAAACAGUCUCAGCGAAGAUAAGCAAAUCGACAACAUCGUGUUAACAAUGGUCGAAAUGCUCAAAGACAAUACCCUCACUCUACAACACGUUCAAGACAUUUGCGAAUUCGCGAUAUCUCUGAAUCUAUCCCUGGUUCAAGAACUCAUCGCGAAAAUACAACGAAAAAAGCAACUCCGUUCUCAGAUUCCAAUCCCUGACAACUACGUAACAUCUCCCCCAAUGGAAACCAAUCACGACGAAGAAGACCCUAAAGAAGAUUCAGUCAGCGAUUACGAAAUGAGCCCCGAACAGUCUUCGAUUAACAGCUUCCGCAGUCCGAGUCCUCGUCCAACACCUGUAAAUUACCGAAUUCCUGCGCAGGAUGAAGAAUCGAUGGAAUACGAGCCAUCGGAGGAUGAGAAUUUGGAACCGAUGUCGCAAUUUUCCACAUCUAGUAUCGAAGAACCGGCUUUGAGCAGUAACGGUAUCAGUCCUCAGAUGAGUUCGCUUCGUAAGAGUACCACUCCUUACAGUGCUACGCCCGAAUCCUCGAGUAGUGCUGGAAAUGUAACCUUAGGGUUCGUUAUGCAGAGAAAAGUGUUCGAAAUGGAGCCGAUGUACGAUGAUAAGUUUUGGCGUAUGAAUGAAACGACUUUUACGUUUCAGAGUAUUAGGAAAUCGAAGAAGAAAAACGCCCAAUGCCAACCACCACCGCCUUAUUUUGGAGGUGUUUGAAAAGAAUAUAUUAUCGAUGUUUUACAAUAACAGAAUUAUUACGACUUGAGCGAGACGAUGUUGAUUCGAGUUUUAUCCCAACAUUAUUGAGGCGAGCUGAUAAAUAUGUCUUUCAUUUCCGAUUUCGGAUCCUCAUCGAACGAUAAAUUACCGGUCAGCAUUUUACGUCAAACUUUCAGCUUUUUUUCCUGUGAAAAUGAAACGAAAUUUUUAAUCUAGUUAAAUUUUUUAAGUAAUGUCGAACAUUCAUAUAAGUAUUUAAUAAAUGUACGUACUUCUUAUCAUCCUUAGGA